CACUAUCCUCUUCUCUCUAUAUGUUGUUACACUUAUAUAAUCUAUAUUAUUAUCUUUCAAAGCUAGAAGAUUAACUUCGACUAGUCCAAUAUUCUUACUUAAGAUUUUUUCCAUUUGUUGUCUAAAUGGAGAUCAACACUAUCAACGGGGAAUGGAAGCAAAAGGAUUUGUUCAAUGAAUUGGUACAAGCAAGAGACUUAGUAAAGAAGCUGAAGAUUCAUCUUGAUAAAUCUUCUCCCGCAGGAGAGGUAUUAUUAGAGAAUGCAAUAUCGGCACUUGAUAGAGCGCUUUCAACAACGACUAGAUCCGGGUGGGAUGUCGCUCCCACUCAGCUUACAGCAAGAACCAGUGCUAUGGGUUCAGCCGAGUCGCCGCCAUUGAAGAACUGUAGCCCAAGAAGUGAUGAUUCUGAUCCGCACGGUACAGAUAUAUUGAAGAGAAGGAAAAUGCAACCUACAUGGACUGAAAAGGUUAGUGUUGGUUCAGGAGCUGGAAUAGAAGGAUCAUCUAAUGAUUGCUAUAGUUGGAGGAAGUACGGUCAAAAGGACAUACAUGGAGCCAAGCAUCCAAGAAGUUAUUAUCGGUGUACUUACCGGAAUAAUCAAGGAUGUUUGGCUACAAGGCAAGUUCAACGAUCAAGUGAAGACCCUUCUGUUUACGAUGUUACUUACCGAGGAAAGCAUAGUUGUCUCCAAGCAUCCCAUUUACAAACUAAACACAACCAAUGCAAAAAUCAGAGCCAGGAUCAUCAAGAAGAAGAUCAAAAGCCAGAACAGUCACAGGAAGGGCUCUUUGAAAACUUUGGAAAAGGUCUAAGAAUCAAAACGGAAGACGAACUAUUAUUAGACUCGCAAAAGCUCUCUUCCUCAUCAUCGUCCUUCUCUUUCCCUUCUUCAACAACGCCAGUUGAUUGUGUUAAGAUGGAAAACUGCAACUUCUUACCGUUCGACCGUAACUAUUUUUCAUCGUCAUACCAUGUACAAUUGAAUGGACAAGAUACGAACACUAUUCAUACUUCAAAUCAUCGUCAGUCUGAUUUUGAUGAUGCAGUUUUACUUGACCUGGUGGAGCUUAACCAAUAUUCCCCUUUUGACUACUUCCAUCCUUAGCUUCAUACUCGAUCUUUUGUAAUGAAAAAGAAGAAGGAGAAUAUGGUUCUAACUUACGGGAUUGGCUAGUAUUCUAAAGACGGUGUUUAUGUGACUGUCGGCAUGUAACAUUUUUGCAUGUUUUCUCUUAAAGAUUUCAUAUUAAUUUUUUGUUAACAUAGUUUUUUGUUGAGAAAAUCUGAGUCUCUGAUCCAGCACUCGUGGCAGAUGAACAUCAUUUAAAUAAUCUAGCAAGUGUGAGGCUUUCUUCUAUA